UUUGAAAAUCGUUGAGACGUCAGUUUGAGCGAAAAAGUGAGCAACGCUGAGAGAAAAAUGUGUUCAACUUAUUUCUUUGCGUUUGCAAUAGGGAUUUUGCAUUUGUGUGUUGUUGCAAAUGUAGAAUGCAAGAUAACAAUCCAAGAUUCAGUUCGUAAAGAAAGUUAUAGAUACUCUGUGCUGAAAGAUGACAAACAAUUACAAGAAGGACAGCUUAAUUACAAUUUGGUGGUGCGCGAUUCUCAAAUGCCACGUUAUGGUUCCUGCUGGAAAAAUGCACUGAAAGAAUUGGAAAGUGGUUGUAAACAUCUAACUGAUGACAUACAAAGGUGGUUGGCUCUACAGUUCACUAACUGUUUUCUGGAAAAGGCUGGACAAACCACUUACCCAUGUGAACGGGAAGAGGAUAUCAGUGUUUGCCUCAGUCAGAUGAACAACAAUGGUUUUACAGCAUUUACCAACUUCUUCACCCACACACAGAGUAUGUGUUACUUUCUACAGACCCAAGUGUGGCAAGAAGAAACGGAGAAUACAGUGGCAAAGUUAACUGAUAACUCGAUCAAAGUUGUUCAGACACUAGAAGAUACCAAUGAACUACAAGAUGCAAUCCUGGAAGCUCAAAAAAAGUCUUUGGCUCAACAAGAACGCCUUCUUGAAAGUAGUUCACAACUGGGCUUAGCUCUUGAUAUGUCAAAAGACAAUGUAAAAGAUAUGCUAGAUGAGUUCAGAUUAUCAACCAGUGAACAAAGAAAUAUGAUCUUUGAAGUCUUUGAUCGGCUUUCAAAACUACAAAAUCUUGUUUUAGGAGAAGUAUCCGGAUUCUAUAGCUUAAUAUUCUACCCAACAGCUCUGCUGACGGUUUAUUUACUGACAUCAACAUCUCGCACUGCCGCCGCUCGCUUUUGGUUGUUUGUUCUUUUCGGCUGUAGUUUAGCAUUGGAACGAUGUAUUGUCCAUUUGACCGUUUCCGACGACUCUGGAUACAUGCCAGCUGAUGAAGCAUCUAAAGAAAUGUAUUGGAGGAUAUGGCUGGUGAGAAAAUCAGCCAUGCUGCUUUGCAUUGUGUUGCUUACCUAUUUCGCCUACAAAUUUCAGGACUACAAUCUCAUUAACAAUACCCUGUUGAUGCAAAUUCAACGACAAAAUUUAGAGCUGAAAGGUUAUUUUGAAAGUAUGGGUGGCAUAGCGAGUACGAAUUUGUUGUCGUCUGAUGUAGUGGACUUCGACAAGAAAAAAUUCAACAUCGAUUUCUCUGAGAGCUCGGACAGUGAAUUUUCCUACAAUUCCGAAGCAAGUGAUGAGACCUAUGUUCCAUCCUCAGACGAAGAUGCAUAUAUCACAGCCAAGUCUCGGUCUUCCAGUGUCGUUCCCAGUCCAGAAUCUGUGCUUCAUGUUUCUUUUGAUGAAAUUAAAAAGGAAAUUAAAACCGAAAGACCUGUUUCGCGCACAAGUCGAAGUAGCCGUAGCAAUACGCCAGCGAUUCAAUCUGCCUACAAUCUCCGAAGUCGCUCGAGUCUCCGCUCUCUAAACACGUCUACCAUGAAUAACGAGCUAAAUAAUGAAAGUCCAGAGGUUUUUGGUCGUAAAGUAAAAGAGAUGGAGAGAGUCAUGCGGCACCAUACCCGCCAGGUGAUUCAAUCAGUUAAGAAAACUACUCCGUCCUACUUUUCUUCUGAUGAUGAAUGUCUUUAAAGUUUUCCUAAACUAAAAUGUUAAAUUCUAAUUUGUCACCCACGCUACUGCAAACCCACUUACUUCCAUGCGCAAAAUUUAGUUUUAAUUUGGGAAUCCAAAGUUUAUGUGCCAUAUUUAUUUUAUUACUGCGAUAGCAUCGAAGAAAAUGUUUCAA